AUGUCAGGCCAAAUUAUCAUCCAUGCUGUCAGACACGCCCAGGGCUACCACAACCUGGGCGAAGAAUUCUUCGGUCUAAAAGACCCCGCGCUAACACCUCGCGGGGAGCAACAGUGUGCUGAGCGUCGGGAAGCCUCGUUUCAGGACCAAUCGAAAUUCGACCUCAUUGCUUCUUCGCCCAUGACGCGGACUCUACACACGGCAUAUCUCAUCUUCAACUCGGCACUUGAAACGCAAAACAUCUUUGCUAUUCCGGAAGCUCAAGAGAUCUCUGAUCAUGGCUGUGAUAUCGGAAGCAACCCCGAUGUACUCAGGCAAAAGACUCUGCAGAAUGGAUGGCCUGUUGACCUGAGUCUCGUAUCAAAUGGCUGGAACGACAAGAAUCUCUAUGGACCCAACAGCCCCGUCACAGGUGCGUGUGCAGCUCGCGCUCGUACGGUCCGAAGGAUACUCAGAGAAAAGGGCAUCGCAUUAAGCCAAGACACCAACGAGGAUAUUCAUAUUGCUUUGGUCGCUCACGGGAGUUUCAUGCACUACUUCAGCAACGACUGGGAGGACAGCUGCGCAGGAUGCGGUACAGGGUGGAAGAACUGCGAGACAAGAAGAUACGUGUUCCAAAAUGACGACAGCGACGAGGAUGCUUGGCUGGUAGAGACCGAGGAAAGCAGACAGGCCAGGGGUCUCGACGGGCUUGCCCCCUCGGUAGAAGAACAGCGGGAGCUGUACGAAAAGACUAUGGUUGGUUGGGUCGAGCAGGGACUGCCCGACAUCAGAUAUCUUGCCACAGCGUCUAUUCACCCGAUGCAGGAAGACCAUGCCAAGUUGUAG